AUGGAUGGGCGGGACGCCAAUGCUCCUAGUGAUACAGGCGGCCCCGAAGUGUCCAACGAGUUCACAACGUUCGGGUACCCGCUGGGUCUGAUGUUCAGUAUCCCCUACUGCAGCAAGAGCAAGCGCGGUGGUCGCUCGGGCUGUGUACCGCAAAUCUCGCCUGUGCGAACUGCGAGGUGGGCGCCCACCGUGGUGGAGAUCCAGGAGGACGCCGACGCCAUCGAUGUCGAGCUCCGGCUCGUGGAGACCGCUAGGAUACUCAAAGCCAUCCAGGUUUCGAGAAAGUACCAGCCCGAUGCAUUUAUCGCCGUCGGGGGUGGUAGUGUCAUCGACACGGUCAAAAUGAUGAAUCUGUUCGCUCCACUCAAACUAGUCAUCGCCAGAAACCAUGAUUUCACCAUGGACAUUACUGCCUUCGAAGCCAGACUUGCGGAGGCAAGGCAACCCCUGCACCCCGAGAUCGUGGCCCGAGAAUAUGGAACCAUAGGGCAAGCAAGCCAACACCUAUUACCCCGAGGCAGAGCUUCUCGACUUCAUCAACCCACCUCUCGGCCGUGGACUCGUAGUGGCUCUGAAGCUUCUGGUGCUCAUCGCGUACCGACAACAGGCAGGGAUAGAGACUGA